AGAAAGGAGAGCAGAUGCCUGCAUGUCGUUCAGCCAGAUGGGCUGGCGGCCGGGGGGCCGCCAGGUUUGGCUUUAGCAACUGGGGCCAGCAAGGGCGGGGGGGCCUUGGCUGCCUGCACGGGUGGCAGUGUCUGGUCUUUCUCCUGCGGACGGGGCAGCACCUUGGACACACCCACAGGCUUCGGCGUCACGGACGACCUGAUGUGACAUACAAGAUGAGACAUGUACAAUCUACGUUUGUUGUUGGGCACAUCUUGUCAAAUAUCUGGGUACUGACUGACCUUCUGGCCGUUUGCCUCAUUCCUUUCUCGAUGUCUUCCUCAUCCUCCGACGACAUCAUGCCCGACUUGGCCGACACACCGCUGACCGACAGCUUCCGCCUGUCGUCGGCCUCGGCCGCCGCACCCUCACUGGCGUUGCUGAUCCGCCGCUUGGACGCGUCCUUGUCCUUCGCAGUGCUCUUGCGGGACGACGCAAAUGUCAAUGUCUCGGGCUUGCCUGAUAGAUACAAACAAGACACAUUGUGCAUGUAGUGCUGCGUUGUGCUUUCUUCCUUGCAGGCAGGCGUACCGGUGCUGUCCGCGAAUCUGGCCCUGCCUGGGGUUUUGGCGUCCCCCCUAGGCGGUCCCGGGCUGCUAUCUUCCUCCUCCCGCUUGGCCCUGGACGGCGCCAGCACCAGGGUCUUCUGCCGCAGCUGGCUGAACCCGGCCGGCUUCUCGUCGCCGCCUAUCUGCCGCUCACUCGCACCCUGCAGCGAAUUCCGCUUCCCAACCUGAGAUGCCGGGUACUGCGUCACUCGCCGGCUUGAUUUCGACGAGGGCGGGUUGAUCGCUGUCUUGGCGCGUACGAGGCCGCCCGAGACACCCGUUUUCAGGCGCUGUAGGCGGGAUCGGCGCGCGACCAUUCUGUCUCGCGUGGCCUUCUCGCCUCUGAGGUUGGCUGACACGAGCCAGAAGCCAAAGGCCACGUCCUUGACCUGAUAGAGCAGGUACUCCCUGACAGACACACACAGAGGCGAACAUAACAAGGGAUGAUGAUGUGAGAAAAGACGACAUGGCAUGUGCGCUCGCACACCAGGUGCUCGCUUCGACUUUCUCCAGAUCAGCUUCGCCGAGCUCAUUCUCACUGCAAGCCAAGCAGGUGCGGUGCACAAGAGACACAGGCAUGUUCAUCCAUCCAUCCAUCUUGAUGCGUGUGGGGUGGGCGGGGCGGUGUGUGUCCUCUCUCUCCAAUCAGUCCAGCUGAGCUAUCUAUGCCUUUCUUUCUGUAUACGUAGGUACGUAGGUACGUACAUGAAGUAGAUGAUGUCUGCCCUGCUGUAUACCCACGACGGGUUGGUCCUGUCAAUGGUCUGGUCGGGGUACUCCUUCAACGUGUCCCGCAGACACUCACGCAACUGCUUCAUCCGCACACUGACCAACGCGUGCAGACAGACAGACACACAGACACACAGGGAGGGAGAAGGGGGAGAGGUGACGGUGUCUUAAUGAAUGAAUAAGUCAGGACGCCUGGCCCGCCUGCCUGCCUGCCUACCGAAUGUAUUUGAUGUAGACCUCCUCAGGCACUCGAAUGAGGUCGCUCCAACCGUUCCUCACUUCGCGAUACACAUCGUCAUGCUCCAACAGCUGCACAGAGGCACAGACACACAUGCCUUCUAUCCUCCCCUCCCUCCCUCUCGCCGUCUCACUUUGUUGAAUGAGAUGAGGAAUCUUUCGAACUCGACAGCCUGGUAGGUGGAGAGUAUGAGUGCCGCCAGGUACCCCAGGUGCAGCUGCACGUAGAUCAGCUUCUCCUUCUCCGUGCCCCUCGUCCACACGGUGAUGUCGUCGAACACAAAGAGGAACACCGACGUGAGGAUCACCCACACCAGCCGGUACUCUCGGAUGAUCUGGGGCUUGGUGAAGUCGAUCACCACCUCCUUGGGCAUCAGACGGUAGUAGUGCAGCUUCUUGCGGGCGGUGUUCCAUCCUGUAGAAGACAGACAUGUGAGACAGACACGCGAGUAUGGGGGCGGGGCCUUCUUGGUGUGUCGAGUGAGUUGUGCGACCUUCCAUGUAUAUGAAGAUGACUGUGAUGAGGAGCAGCAAGAGCAGCGGGAGAGUGUCGAAGAACUUGGGGGCAUAUAGCGCGCAAAUCGUCAGCGGCACACGAGCUUCCUUUAUCGGACCUACACACGAAAGGCACACACACACACACACAUACACACACACAGAGAUCAAGAGCAAAAGGUACACAUGCAGCCAUCCUUUUUCAUCCCUUCAACUCACCAACAAACCCGAGUGCCUGGAAUCCGACAGCUUUGACGAUGGACUCCUUGGCCUUGUAAUCCUCGGGCACCCACACCGCAUCCAUGAUGUCCUUGAGGCAUAUCACCGACUCGCCCCACGCCGAACUGCCCUUCGACAACGGACUGGGAGGCUCGCCGUCUUCGUCCUCAUAGUCAGAAUACCGACGGUCAGACCUCUCGCUCUUGAGCGUCUGUGUGCGGUUCUGAAAGGUCGUCCCGCGGCUCUUGCUGCCCACGCUCAGGCUCCCCUGCGAUGCCUGGGAGAGGCUGCCUGUCCGGCCCUUGGGAGAGCUGCCCCUCGACAUUUGUGCCGGUGCGCUGGGUCCUUUAGGAAUGCUGCCGCCUGGCGGGACAGGCGACAUGUCUCCUCCUCCCGCUGCCUCUCCCCCGGCUCCCUGUUUGUUCAUGGUGUACUGCUUCAUCAUGACCUCCGAGAACCGCACCGACGCUCCGCCGCCCUUCGGGUCGUCUGCUCCAGUUGGGGUGACAGACUCCUUCCUCGCCCUCCUGCCUGCGGCCACAGCAUCGGCAGAUUCGGGUGGCACGGCGCCGGGGAGCGGUGAGGACUGCUGACGCGGUCUGACGUCUCUGUCAGCAUUGUCCUUUAGGGGCGAGGGGACGACUGGGUUGGCGCCCUCCAUGGCCAGACCCUGCUGAGCCUCGACGUCAGCCUGAGGUUGGUCGGGCGGCUGUGCUGCCUUGGCGAUGGGGGGGAGAGUGGUUCUGACGGUCUUCUUCUUGGCUGCCGACGUCGAUGUCGAUUUGCCUGUGCUAUCGCCGUUCUCUCCUGGCGGAGAAGACUCCAUACAGCGGUCCAGCUGAUCCUCAGCGUCAGCUGCUGGGAUGAGAGGCAGGGACAGUCACCGUGCCUGAGUGAAGCACACAGAAGCACAAGGAGGGCCAGCACAUAGAUGAAAUGCGGCCAGGCCCUGCCAGCGCACCUUGCGUGAACUCCCCUCUCGUGAUGUGAUGCGUUCUUUGUGA